AUGUCUGAUAAUACUACUUCAAACCAGUCCUCGACUGGUGAUUCCAAAUCAACACCUGGUGCUGUCCCAUCAUCCACCGAUGGAUCGUCAUCUGCUCCAAUUGGCAAUUCUGUCAAUUCUGUUGAUCAAACUUCAGUCUCCACUGAUAAACAACAUGGAAAUCAAAAUGUCCCACAAUCUAGCGGUGCUUAUUCUGGCCAAAAUUAUAAUGCCAAUUAUCAAGGAUACGGUAAUAAUCCUAAUUAUAAUAAUAACUAUAACAACAACAACAACAACAACCCCAAUUAUUAUCACAAAAACCAGUAUAAUAAAAACUACACUGGAGGCAAUAGUGGUGGUAGUGGUGGAAGACAGAAUAACUACAACAACAAUGCCAAUCAAAACAACAAUCAAAGAUAUAACAACAACAAGAAACAGUACAAUAACCAGAAAAUGAAUCAUCACCAUCAUAACCAACAGCAACCACAACAGCAAUAUGUGAACUACCCUUACAACACUGCUGCCGCUGCAGCUUCACAAAUGUAUGGUUACUACAUGGGUGGUUAUCAACCAGUAUAUGGUCUUCCACUUCAAUAUGGUGGGAUUCCAGCAACUCCAGGUCAACAAUAUCCUGGUCAAGUUGCGUCACCAGUUGUACCAACAGUCCAACCACAACAAAUCUCGACCCCUCCAACUCCUAAAAUAAGAUUAACUACCAAAGAUGGUAAACCAGUUGAUUUAGAUGAGAAGAAAAGAAAAACAGCAUCGUCGACUCCUGUCGCAUCUCCUCAACCAGCCAGGGCCACCACAGUUUCAAGUGAAAAGGAUAAAACACCUUCCUCCAGUGCAACCCCUGCUACAGAAAAUAAACCUGCAGGUAUUUCUGCAGCUGAAGAAUUUAAAAGAAAGAUUAGAGAAAGGGCUGCUGCUGCUGCCGCUGCCGCUUCAAAGGGUAAAGAAACUAAAGAAGAAACAAAAGAAGAAACAACUGCCACUGAAACUAAAAAAGAAACUGAAGAAACUCCAAUUGCCAAAGAAUCAUCUUCAACUGUGGACCAACCAAGUGUUGUUCCUCCUCAAGAAUCUCAUAAAGAUAUCGUAGAAACUCCUAAACCAGAGGUUACUGAAACGUCUGUGGAAGCCACAAAGGAACUACCAGCUAGUGAAGAAACCAAAGAGGUAUUGAGUUCUGAAACCAAUGACACCACAGCUGUUGAAAAACCAAAAGUGGAAGAAAAACCAGUAGAAGUGAAUGAUAAAGUUGAACUGCAAAUUGAACUUCAAUCACCAUCUGUUGAAGGAGAUAGUGAAUCGAUAGUGGAGAAUGAAGAUGAAGAAGAGUCUACUAUUUCAGAAAAAGGAGAACCACAAACCGAAACCGAAACUGAAACUGAAACUCAAACUGAACCAGAACCAGAAUCUGAACCAACUCCUACUGCUAAUGCUCCAGAAUUUACUAUAUCUCAAUUCUUAGAAAGAUUGAAGAUUGCAACUCCAAUUGAUGAUAUUCUUGCCACAAAAUACCCUGAAACCAUCCAAGGUGUUGAUGGAUCGAAACAAAUUUCUGGGAAAAAAUACAGAUAUGAUCCACAAUUUUUAAUUCAAUUCAGAGACGUUAUUUCAUACACUAUUGAUCCAACUUUCAAAGCUCAUUUGGAAUCAUUGGAUAUUCAUCCAAAUGCAAUGAAACGUUCCGGUUCCACUAGAGAUGCCUCAUCACGUGGUGGUUUACCAAAUAAAUUCACUGGAGGAUUACCUGCCAGAUUUAAUGGACCUGGAGGUAAAGGUGGUGGUCAAUUUGAUGGUGGUAGACAAAAUUCAAGAAGUGGAUCCAAAAGAGGAGGAGGUAGAGGUGCAUCAUCAAGAGAUAAAUCUACAAGAAAAGGUACACCUUCUAAAAGAGGAGGUAGAGGAGGAGAUAGAUCUGAGAUGCGUGAACGAGGAGGAGCAGGAGCAGGAGCAGGAGCAGGAGCAGGAGGAGAAAAUGAUGGCAAUAAUCAAGGUGAUGGUAAACCUGUUGAAGAAGUCAAACCAUUGGAAAAAUCUGCCAAUAGAUGGGUUCCUAAAUCAAGAAUGCAAGCCAAGAAAGAAACUAAAGUUGCUGAAGAUGGUACUAUUUUAUUAGAACCAGAAGAUAUUGAAAAGAAGACUAAAUCUUUAUUGAACAAAUUAACAUUAGAAAUGUUUACUGCAAUUAGUGAUGAAAUCAUUGCUCUUACCAAUCAAUCAAAACAUGAAAAAGAUGCUGCCACUAUAAAACAAAUAAUUUCAUUAACAUUUGCCAAAGCUUGUGAUGAACCUCAUUGGUCAGAAAUGUAUGCUAAAUUAUGUGCCAAAAUGUGUACUAGUGUUUCCAAUGAUAUUACUGAUGAAAGUAUUACAUUGAAAGAUGGUACUCAUGCAUCUGGAGGUGUACUUGCCCGAAGACUUUUAUUAGCUACAUGUCAAAAAGAAUAUGAAAAAGGUUGGACAGAUAAAUUACCAACUAAUCCUGAUGGUUCACCAUUAGAACCAGAAAUGAUGUCUGAUGAAUAUUAUGCCAUGGCUGCUGCUAAAAGAAGAGGUCUUGGUUUAGUCAAAUUCAUUGGUCAUUUAUAUAAUUUGAAUAUGUUGAAUGAUCAUGUCAUAUAUGUUUGUUUGAAAGAUCAAACGAAAAAUACUGUUGAUCCAUCAGAUGAUAGUUUAGAAAAUUUGACUCAAUUGAUUCAAACUGUGGGACCAAAACUUGAUUCUAAUGAAAGAACAAGAACUAUGCUUAAGAUUGUUUUUGAUUAUAUUGAAAAAGUUCUAGAAGGGGUGAAAUUAACAUCAAGAAUUAAAUUUAUGUUGAUGGAUUUACAAGAUUUAAGAGAAGCUAAAUGGGUAAGUCUUAAAGGUGAUGCUGGUCCAAAAACCAUUGAAGAAAUUCAUCGUGAUGCUGAAAUUAAAAAAAUGGAAGAAGAAAGAGCCAAGAAUGAAAAGAAGAGGAAACAACAUCAAUUGGGUGGAGGUGUAGGUGGUGGUAGUGAUAGUAGAUCUAAUUCUUCAAGAGGUGGUUCAAAUUGGAAUAAUAACAAUAAUAACAACAACAACAAUAAUAAUAAUCAAUCAUCGAAUGGACCUUUUAUGAAGAAAUCUCCUUCAUUUAUGACUCAAAGAGUUGGAUCUAGUCGUAGUCCUUCAACAUCAACUUUUCAAAAUUCUGAUCUUCAAAGAGAUACAUCGAAAAGAUCAGAACCUAGUCAAUCUAAUAUUUUUGCUGCAUUAGAAGGAGGUGAUGACGAUGAAGAUGAAUAG